AUGGGGAACGGUUCAAUGAAAUCGAAGCGUUACAAACACACGGACGGCUCCACAUCCAACAGCCGAGCCUUCAAAGAUCACGGGUUCAAGAACUCGUCCCUGGACGCCCUGAGGACUCGGGUGGACGAGCUGGAGCGGGAGGGCAAACGGCGAGACGAGGAGCUCAGUGCCAAAGAGCAGCAGAUCAAAGGUCUCCAGGAGCAGCUGGCCAAACAGACGCGAGCGCUGGCCGAGCUGAGCGAGGAGCUGCAGGAGAAGUGCGUCCAGCUCAACAAGCUGCAGGACGUGAUGAAGAACCAGACCGGGCCCUUCAUGUCGUCCAGGACUCCUUCCAUCAGAGCCAGCGUCAGGAACAGCCCCAACCUCAGCGUUCGAAUCAAGGGGAGCAUCAAUAGACGGAAAGGGGCAAAAUCCGGGGUGUCGGCCGAACCCACAUCCAGGACCUACGACUCCAGCGGCCUGCCCAAGUUCUCCUUCGAGAAGGCCCGGGUUACCAAGGAUGCGAGUGUAAAGAAGCUGCUGACGGACGCCCUGAACAAGAACCAGUACCUGAAGAGGCUGGAGCUGCAGCAGAUCAAAGACAUGGUGGAGUGCAUGUACGAGUGCACCUACCAGCAGGGAGAGUACGUCAUCAAGCAGGGAGAGCCUGGGAACCAUCUGUUUGUCCUGGCAGAUGGGAAGCUGGAUGUGUUUCAACAAAACAAACUGCUGGCUUCGAUAACGGUCGGGACCACGUUUGGAGAAUUAGCCAUCCUGUACAACUGCACACGGACUGCGUCAGUGCGAGCGGUGAACAAAGUGAGGACGUGGGCUUUGGACCGCGAGGUGUUUCAGAACAUCAUGAGGAGGACGGCCGAGACGCGACACGAACAGUACCGCAACUUCCUCCGAAGUGUUUCACUCUUGGCCAAUCUACCGGAGGACAAGCUAAGCAAAAUAGUGGACUGCCUCGAGGUGGAAUACUAUGACAAGGGAGAGUACGUCAUCCGGGAGGGAGAGGAGGGCAGCACCUUCUACAUCAUCGCACAGGGGAAGGUGAAGGUGACCCAGACCACCGAGGCCCACAAGCUGCCACAGACCAUCAACACACUGCAGAAGGGAGACUACUUUGGAGAGAAAGCGCUUAUAAGUGAUGAUGUCAGGUCAGCUAAUAUCAUCGCAGAUGAGAACGGGGUGGAGUGCCUCGUCAUCGACAGAGAGACAUUUGAUCAGACAGUUGGCACCUUCAAUGAGCUGCAGAAGUACCUCCAAGGCUACGUGGCAACACUCGAUCGUGACGACAAGAAGAGACAUGCCAGGAGGUCGGUGUCCCGUCACCAGAGUCAGCCGCUGUCGCCAGACAUCAUCCAGCUGAAGGACAUGGUGGCGGUGUUUCCUCCAUCCAGGCCCUUCGACCACCUGGAGGUCAUCGCUACUCUCGGGGUCGGCGGCUUUGGACGAGUAGAACUGGUGAAGGUGCAGGACGAGGACGUCACCUUCGCCCUGAAGGUCAUCAAGAAGAAGCACGUCGUGGACAACAGGCAGGAGGAGCACAUCCACUCGGAGAGGAAGAUCCUCGCCGAGGCUCGCUCGCCGUUCGUUGUCAAACUGUAUCGCACAUUUAAGGAUAACAAGUAUGUGUACAUGCUGCUGGAGGCCUGUCUGGGUGGAGAGAUCUGGAGUCUGCUCAGAGACAGGGGGAGUUUUGAUGAGCCGACUGCUAAAUUCUGCGUUGGUUGCGUCACAGAGGCUUUCGAUUACCUCCAUCGCAAAGGCGUCCUCUACAGAGACCUGAAGCCAGAGAAUCUCAUGCUGGAUACUGAGGGAUACAUCAAACUGGUUGACUUUGGUUUUGCCAAGAAGAUCAGAUGUGGCCAAAAGACGUGGACCUUUUGCGGGACACCGGAGUACGUGGCCCCUGAGAUCAUCCUCAACAAAGGACACAACUUCAGUGUGGACUUCUGGUCUCUGGGCAUCCUGGUGUUUGAGCUCCUAACCGGCAGUCCUCCGUUCUCAGGAAGUGACCAGAUGAUGACGUACACUUUUAUCCUAAAAGGAAUCGAGAAAAUGGACUUCCCAAAGAAGGUCACCAAGAGACCUGAGGAUCUGAUACGCAAGCUGUGCAGACGAAAUCCCUCAGAGCGACUGGGCAACCUCAAAAACGGAAUAACGGAUAUCAAGAAGCACAGGUGGUUUAACGGCUUCAACUGGGAGGGACUGAAGGCGAUGACCUUACCAUCUCCUCUGAAAAGAGAAAUUACAGGACCGACAGAUCACAGCUAUUUCGACACCUACCCUCCAGAUGAGGACAGUCCUCCUGAUGAGCUCUCUGGUUGGGACAUGGACUUCUGAGACCUUCUGCUCCAUCUUUCCAUUAUUGUCCUUCCUCUGCACACCCUAACAACCAAAACUUAAUGGGAAAAGUGGGUGUUCUGGUGACCUUAAAUCACCUCAGGCAGCCAUGUUGGAGGUCCUCAGGUUCUGGGAAACAGUAGCUGCAAUUAGCUGGUUACUUUAUGAGCCUCAACACAAUAGAACAAAUGACAAACAGCCUGUUAUGUUACCAUCACUAUCCUUUUAUGUAAUAUAUAUGACAGGUCUCUAACCAAUCAGGUACAAUGUAGUGCUUAUAGUGGUACAGUAGUAGUAGUAGUAGUAGUAGCGUGUUAGCAUUAAAGCUAGAAUCCGUAAUACUAGAAAGCCACUGAGGUUCUCCACAAUCUGCUGCUGAGAAAAGUUGCAAAAAAGUUGCAAAAGUUGCAAUGGAUCAACACACAGCUGACAGUGCUUGGUUUGUGGGAAGCCAGUGAGGGAUCAAGGCCUUGUAUGCUGAGGGAACUUGUGCAAAGUAGGCAUGAAUAAAAAAUGUUAGCGUCUGAAUGACACGCUAAAGUGAACGCAAAAGUUAAGUGAUCAUUUCUGACAACUUUAUGUAACGUGACGUUGUGUUGCUAUCUCGUAACUUAAACUGCGACUGUUUCAUGACGCAAAAGGGCUUCAUCAUAGUGCGUUGGAGGUUUCUCCCUGAGAAGCAAAAUAUGAGUUAGGUAACAAAAUAACUUUCAAAGACAAACUUUAGACUCAAUGCGGUUUUGUCCACAGUUCCAGUUAUUUUUGCUUUAAAGCUCAUGCCUGGGGUUUCCAAAAUGGCGGACUGGAGCUAGCACUCAAAAGUGCACAAAAGAAAACAGUGAAAACAAGUCAAAAAGCCAAUGUUUCCACCACAUACCUUACCAACGACGGAGGGAAGCAACUUCCAAACUGCAACAUUAGGUGCUUUGUUUUCUUAGCUGUAGUUUAGUAGAGUUAUUGAUUACACCUUUACUUUUGCUAAGCUAGCCUGCAGGCUAAGUCACACAGGUUUUCAUCUCAUAACAGUUUGGAGGGACUAAGUCUUGAAACAGAUCCGUGUUAUCCGUGUCACAGUAUUAUGUUUUUUCACGUUCCUUAAUCGAUCAUCGCCCAUAUGAUAACCUUUUACAGAUACCUCUAAAAUAUUGUUUUCAGGGCCCUCGUGAUGGCUCCAGAUGUGGUUGGUAGUGGGGGGGGAUUUGUGAUGCAGCUGCAAAGACUCUAUUUUUUCACAGCCGAGGGAAUUGGGGAUUACAUGUACAGCGUGUUUACGUCCGCUGGGGAAUGGAGGUGUGUGUGUGGAGGAGAUAUGUGUGAGGAGAUGACAUUGCAAAUAAGGAAAGCAACUUGAGAACGAACAGAUUUCAGAGAAGAGAUUCGACUUUGGCGCUAAUAUCCCACACAUGAAACAUUCGAGCUGCGAAGCAUCAACAGUGUUAUCCUAACAACCCAAACUAGACACCCGAAAAAACAUGAGCACCUUCCCCACUUAGUGUAAGUUAUAGAGUGUGAGCAUCCUGCGGCAGGGUGCCUGACCUGAAGAAAUAUUUACCUUUUGCGAAGCUGAGUCAAGGAUAAUUCCCAGCUUCACAAGCAGAAGGGAAGUGAUGUGAGGAGAAGCAGCAAAAGAGGCCAAACUCAGCAGAAAAUCUUCAGGGUUUACCACGAGGGGAUUUUUAGGAGCUAAUAUAUAUGUAUUGUACAUUUUUAAACAUUUGGGGUUUACAGUGAAUUGACUGUGUCUAUGUAUAUACUGUUUACUGUAAAGCACAAGCAUACAAAAUACAUAAUUUAUACAAUCUAAGCUACUUGUUCCUUUAUGUAAACCUUAGAAACUGGGUGGGUGUAUUUUGUAAA